GAAAAACAGUAACACACACACACCCCCGAGCGAGCGAGGCGUGCGAAAAAUCACGUCAGCAGCCGCAGGGAAGCAAGAAUUUCAACCCUGAUCUGAUCGAGAUGCUGUCCCUUCUGCGGAGGAGCGCCAAAGGCGUGGCGGAGACGUGCGGGCCCGAGCUGCGGCGCCGCUUUUGCGUGUCGGCGUCGGUGCAGGCACCCGGCGACAACACUUUGCAGGCGAACCGUCGUCACCCGAGAUCUCUCUCGACGCACAACCACCCUGUGGUGGUUCCAGCAGCAGCCACGGGCACCGUCACCAGCAGAGAGGAAAGCCGCGAGUUCAUGGCGGUCUUUCCGGAUUUGGUCAGGGACCUGACCGACGCCGGCCGCCACCAGGACGUCCCUGACGCCACCAAGUGGUUCGCCAAGGUUCUGCAAUACAACGUGCCAGGAGGGAAGAAAAACCGCGGCCUGGCCCUCGUGUUCGCGUACAAGAUGCUGGCCAAGCCGGAGGAUUUGACUCCGGAGAACAUCCGGCUCGCCCAGAUGCUCGGCUGGUGCAUCGAAAUGUUCCAGGCGUUCUUCCUGGUGAUGGACGACGUGAUGGACGGCUCGGAGACGCGACGAGGCCGGCCCUGCUGGUACCGCAAGAACAACCUGGGCGUGGCGGCCAUCAACGACGGCAUCCUGCUCGAAAGCGGCAUCUACCAGCUGCUCAGGAUGCAUUUCCGGGACAAACCCUACUACGUCGACCUCCUCGAACUCUUCCACGACGUGGCGCUCAAGACAACCAUAGGCCAGAACCUGGACCUGCAUUCGUGUCAAUUUGGCCGAAAACCCGAGCUGGAGAAGUUCUCGAUGAAGCGGUACAACACGAUCGUCAAGUACAAGACUGCCUACUACUCCUUCCAGCUGCCCGUCGCCCUCGCCAUGUACAUGGCUGGAGUUCGCGACCCUGAGUUGCACCGUCAAGCUAAGACGAUUCUGCUCGAAAUGGGACAGUUCUUCCAAGUCCAGGAUGACUACCUGGACUGCUUCGGAGACCCUGAAGUGACCGGAAAGGUGGGAACGGACAUCGAGGACGGAAAGUGCACCUGGCUGUCGGUCGUGGCGCUCCAGAGGUGCACACCAGAGCAGAGGAAGGCCAUGGAGUCUUGUUACGGUUCGAAAAACCCAACGGACGUGGCGCAGGUGAAGAAGCUGUACGAGGACAUAGGGUUGCCCCACACGUAUGCCACCUACGAGGAAUCCAGCUACAAAAUCAUCAGCACGCACAUCCAGCAGAUUUCGCGCGGUCUGCCGCACGACCUCUUCUUCAAGUUCAUGGAAAAGAUUUACCGCCCCUCUAGCCAUAGUGAGAUCAAACACAUAAAGUGAUUGAAACGUGAGCAUCUGAUGUCGACUCUUGAGCAUAAUCCUCGGUAACCUUGUGGUGUUGGUUGUGGACUUGUGAAUCUGUCUUAUAUAGAGAUAUUAUAUUAAACGAAUAUAUAUUGCAAUAAAUUUGCUCUAUACUGGCAAUAAAUGUUGAUUUAUCAAA